UCAAACACAGUGCGAGUGAAAGUGAAAGUGUGUGUGAGAAAGAGAGACAAAGAAGCCCAUCGUAGUGCCAGGAGUUCGCUCUCUGAUGAUGGUCUUUACCGGUCUGGAUUUCCACGGGGAACAUGUGAAGCAGCACAGAGCUGGCAGAUGGAUUCAGAGCGAUUAUCUAUAUUUAUUUGCGUCAUAAUGGUGUGUCGUCUAACUGGAACCACGCCUCAAUCCAGCGCUGGCAAUGGCACCUGCCCAAAAAUUCCCAAAAUAAAAUUUACUUUACCAGAAGAGCACAUCUUUCAGAUUAAUGAGAGAUAUCGCUACCAGUGUAUUAAAGGUUAUGUAAGAAAGGCUGGAACGUCGAAUCUCAUCAAGUGCGAGAAGAAAAGCGAUGUUUUACAGUGGACCAUAUCUCAUCUCACUUGUAUACCUGACCCCAAAUUUACACCCCAGCCACCAAACACCACAGGUAUAACAACUCAGGCACCAAACCAGCCAGGAACUUCCAUCAGCCUUCAGAGUGUAAGAACAUCUACUUCUGAAGCUACAAUAUCACACAAUAUGAAGCCAAGCACAUCAGGAACCGGAAACACGACCACAGUGCAGCCCAGUACGAUUCAGAGCUCCACAUACUCACCAAGUAACCAUAACAACAAAACUAUCUUAUUUUCAGAUUCCUUCACAGAAGCAGAUACUAAAACAGUUGGCAUCAGCUUAUCUGUGGUGAUCCUAUUGUUUGCCAUUAGUGGUGUCAUUUUCUUACUAUAUCGAAGGAGAAACAGGCCGAUUCCCACGCAAGAAGCGGAGGAAAUGGAACCUAUGAAAAAUUUCGUUUAAACUGUGAUGUAGAAAUUGAGUUUUUAAGAGAAACUACCUGGCGUUAAUAGAGGAAGGAAGAUCGGGUAGCCUGCAUUUCAUUAUGAAUAUAACCAUUGUGAUGUCAUCCACAUGAUUUUUAUAUGCUGUUUUGAAGCCAAGUGUGGAGUUUGCCUACUUCUUUAAACAAAAGGAGGGACAACUUCUCUGUAAUCUAAGUUAUCUUCAUUUAAGAUUUAUUAAACAUUUUCUGCUUGAUUCUGGUGACUGUUAUAUAUGUAAAAGGGUAUAUCUGGCGUUUAGAAUGAAACAUUGAAUAAAAAAAUCAAACCCA